AGCGCCACCUAUGAGUAACCUCAUUCACUCUAUAAUGUUGCACCACCACAAAAUCAAUUAUUACAACAACUAAAACCGGGUUAAAAGACCCAAAAAGAUAUUAAACACGAUGAGUAGACGUUUGGAAAGAGAUUCGCCCUCGAUAAAAUCUGGAAGCGCCGGAAACCGGGAUCGUUCGAGAUCUCGAUCGCCAACACGGCGAGAUGAACCGCACCACACCAAAUUGGAAAAUGUUGGAUUGGGGGCGAAGCAUCGGUUAAAAAGUUUGGGGAUCCAGAUGAAAUUGAGUGGGCAAAAACCGACCCCCUCGAAACAAAAAUUGUCGGUCGCCGCCGCUUUUAACCAGGACAGCGACGACGAACCCGAGGAGAUGCCCCCCGAAGCUAAAAUGAGGAUGCGAAACAUCGGAAGGGAUACCCCAACGUCUUCAGGCCCGAAUAGUUUUGGAAAAACCAAACAAGGAUUUUCGGAUGCAAAAAAAGUUUUCGAGAAGAAUCUAAAAGAGGCGAUGGAAAAUGCUUUAAAAGACGAUUAAAAUGUGUUAAAUAAAACUAAUAGUACCU